AUCCGGGUUUUAUUCGAUCAUCCGUUAAACAUGCUCGGCUCGCACGUAUUAAUCGGUUUUUUUACGUAACCAUUGACGUACGUUCGCGGCAUAUCCCAAAGAUAUUCCCGAGAAAUGAUAAAUGAAAUAUAACAAAAAAAAAAUAGUUAUUCGCGAUAUGCACGUGACUGUUACUAAAGACGUGCCGAAAUGUCUCUUCGAUGUCUCAAACUGGGGGGACAUUAGGAGGAUCGCGUUUUUACGGUAUGAUUUUCUUCUUGAAAAUUUUACGAGAUGUUCCGAUUGAGGUGACGCGGUGUGAAAACCGUCAAAAUUUCCGCCACGAUGCCCGGGGGUCGUAGGGGGCUCGUUGCCCCACAAAACACCUUUUUGGAGAACAUCAUUCGGAGAUCCAAUCAGCAGCCCGACAGCAGCUUCCUGCUGGCCAACGCACAGAUAGUGGACUACCCGAUCGUGUACUGCAACGAGUCCUUCUGCAAAAUCUCCGGAUACAAUCGUGCCGAGGUGAUGCAGAAGUCCUGCCGUUGCGCCUUCAUGUUCGGCGAACUCACCGACAAAGAGACAAUCAGCAGGAUCGACCACGUGCUCGAACAUCAGCUGCAUGAUCAGUUCGAAAUACUGCUCUACAAGAAGAAUAAGACUCCGCUAUGGCUGCUGCUGCAGAUUUCUCCGAUAAAAAACGAAAGGGACGUCGUCGUGCUGUUCCUGUUAACGUUCAGGGACAUCACGGCCUUGAAACAACCGAUAGAGACGGACGACUCUAAAGGGGGACUAUCAAAGUUUGCCAAGUUGGCGAGAUCGGUGACGAGGAGUCGCUCCGUCUUGGUGUCCCAAUUCUCAUCUCAUCUGCCCAACCUUAAGGAUACAACGAAACAGUCACACCUGGCACAAAUGAUGAGUUUGAGUGCGGACAUUAUGCCCCAAUACAGGCAAGAAGCACCCAAGACCCCACCCCACAUUUUACUGCAUUACUGCGCCUUCAAAGCCAUUUGGGAUUGGAUUAUUUUAUGUUUAACUUUUUAUACUGCUAUUAUGGUUCCUUAUAACGUAGCAUUUAAGAACAAGACGUCCGAGGACGUCUCCUUGUUGGUUGUGGACUCAAUUGUCGAUGUGAUAUUCUUUAUUGACAUAGUACUUAAUUUCCAUACGACUUUCGUGGGUCCCGGUGGUGAAGUCGUCUCCGACCCGAAGGUCAUACGGAUGAAUUACCUCAAAAGUUGGUUCAUCAUCGAUCUUCUAAGUUGUCUGCCUUAUGACGUUUUCAAUGCUUUCGAUCACGAUGAAGACGGAAUUGGGAGCUUAUUUAGUGCUUUAAAAGUGGUAAGACUUCUAAGACUAGGACGCGUAGUGAGAAAACUGGAUCGAUAUUUAGAAUAUGGGGCGGCCAUGCUGAUUUUACUUCUCUGUUUCUAUAUGUUGGUUGCUCAUUGGUUGGCGUGUAUAUGGUACUCGAUUGGUCGAUCAGAUGCGGAUAACGGUGUGCAAUAUAGUUGGCUGUGGAAACUUGCCAAUAUUACUCAAAGUCCGUAUUCAUAUGUGUGGCCUAACGACUCAAGUACCCCAGAACUCAUUAACGGCCCCUCAAGAAAGACCAUGUACGUAACCGCGCUAUAUUUUACGAUGACCUGUAUGACUUCGGUGGGGUUUGGUAAUGUCGCGGCCGAAACUGAUAACGAACGGAUAUUCACCAUUUGUAUGAUGAUCAUUGCAGCUUUAUUAUAUGCCACGAUAUUUGGUCAUGUAACGACGAUAAUUCAACAAAUGACGUCGGCGACAGCGAAGUACCACGACAUGUUAAAUAACGUGAGGGAGUUCAUGAAGUUACACGAGGUUCCCAAGGCACUCUCGGAAAGGGUUAUGGAUUAUGUGGUGUCAACGUGGGCUAUGACCAAGGGACUGGAUCAAGAUAAAGUGCUAAAUUUCUGCCCAAAAGACAUGAAAGCCGACAUUUGCGUACAUCUGAACCGAAAAGUGUUUAACGAACAUCCGGCAUUUCGAUUGGCCUCCGACGGGUGUUUGAGGGCUUUAGCGAUGCACUUCACCAUGUCCCAUUCGGCCCCCGGAGAUCUGCUCUACCACACCGGCGAAUCGAUCGACUCGUUAUGCUUUAUUGUCACCGGAUCGUUGGAAGUUAUACAGGACGACGAGGUCGUCGCGAUAUUAGGUAAGGGUGACGUGUUCGGAGAUUCCUUUUGGAAAGACAACGCCGUAGGCCAAUCGGCUGCAAACGUUCGGGCUUUAACUUACUGUGAUUUACACACCAUCAAGCGAGACAAACUCCUCGAGGUGUUAGACUUCUAUCAAGCAUUCGCCAAUAGCUUCGCUAGGAAUUUAGUUUUAACGUAUAACCUUAGGCACCGGCUGAUUUUCCGAAAAGUGGCCGACGUGAAGAGGGAAAAAGAGCUGGCGGAAAGGAGGAAAAACGAGCCGCAACUGGAUCAAAAUCAAGACCAUUUGGUCAGGAAGAUCUUUUCGAAGUUCAGAAGGGAUAGAAGUCAGGCGGCAGCUGCGGCUUCGACUCCUGCCAGUGACGUGGAAAAAGGUGGGGAGGAUAGUGCCGAAAAAAAUAUUACGAGGGUGGUUUCGACCACUAAGCUCUCGUCUGUAGCCGAGAAAGACGAUAGCAGUGGCGGGAGUGUGAAAACUACCAUCACUAGACCUUCUUCGGUUAGGGGUAGUAAGUGGAGUAGACUCUUGGGCUCCGCAAGCUUAGACUCUGGAUCGGAAAGUUCCACCCAACCAGCCACAGCGUUCCAAAGGAGUUUGAGUGCGAAAGAUCCCAAGGACCGACCGAGCUCCUCGUCCUCCGGAAGUUCAGCCAGUCAACCCACUGCAGGAUCUGGUAACAAGAUAUUUCCUAAGUUGCAAAAGGUUUCUGCCACGUCUAGUCCAGCCGCGAUAACCAGACAAGACACCAUAGACGAGAUGGUAGAAGUAGAACAGCCGAGGAAUUUAUCCCUAAGGAAAAUGCAAAGUUACGAUUGCGGUCUACGCGAUCCCUCUACUGCUUCAAUGUAUCAGCCGGCCGUCCCUGACUCCAUCGCUCCAAUAGAAUAUAAGGAAUUGAUGACGAAUCUUAUGGAUUUUAAAGUAGACGUUAAGCUCGAAAUUCAAAAAAUGAACCAAAAAAUGAACCGAAUGGAAGAGAUGAUGACCGAAAUUCUUAAGAGACUCAGUCCAGAAAGCGGUUCCAGUUCGCAAUCCCCGAGUGAAUCCGCCGAGAAUACCACAAAAAAGUCUUCCAAUAGUGGGACGCCUGUAGAAAGACCUACAGAGCUAUUGAGCAAACCAGGAAGUUCUGUAGACAAUUUGGGAUUGGGCACGGUCAUACUUAAGAAGAGAAGAUCGAAAAUUAGAAUGAAAGGUUCGGCACCGCAAGUUCCGACCCCAACAGGAACGAAAGCGACCUCUCCAGAGAGUUCCAGUCCUACUGAAACGUCAAAAAUGCUUCAUCAAGAUCCGGUCCCCACCCCGUCCUCGCGCAAGCCCAAGGAAUUUCUUUAACGGUGGCUAAUGUCCUUCGUAGAAUUUAACGAUUUUCUUAAUUAGUUGUUAUCUAGUUAUUAAGUUUUUUUAAUAUAAGCCUUAAGGUAAGUUUGUUCGGGGGAGAAAUAUGGCUAAUUUCAUUGGUGAAGAUCAUUAAUGGUUAUUUUUUAGACAAAGAUAUUUUAGGCAUUAAAUGUCUGAAUGUCUUACGUGAAAUACUGAAAAAAGCAUAAAAAUUCAUUAAAAAAAUACAUAUUUUUCAAAUUGACGUCAAAUGCUUGGAAUAUUCUUUUUUUGAAUAAUUGAAAGGCAUGUUGGAUAAUAUUAUGUCAUACUCAUUAAAAUUAAAUAUUAUUUUCUUUGUACAUUUAUUUUAUAUACUACUCACAUUCCAAGAAAGAAAUAAUGAAAGUAUUUUAGCCGUGUUACGCCCUUAUAUUUAAAU